AUGCAUCUUCUUUCCGAGUGCUGGAGGAAGUAUAAAUUCGACGAGAAUUUACAGGAAAGGAUUGUUAUUUUUUGUCGCAAAAAGGAAACCGUUCAGGAAAUGAAUGCUUUUUUGAAUGGAAGCAGCUUUAUUACAACUAUGUCAACUCUUUAUACCGGUGAUCUUACAGAAGAGGAGCGCUCAACCAAUAUGCAGGCCUUCAGCAACGAGGAAUCCGAAACGCGAAUAAUGGUUGCGACAAAAGCUUUUGGAAUGGGUAUGGAUUACGCAUCCAUCCGCCUGGUAAUUCAUCUUCAUUCUCCUGAAACAAUGCUCGAUUAUGUCCAGGAAAGUGGCCGCGCUGGAAGAGAUGGCAAAAAGUCAGAGGCCGUUCUCCUAUUUGAUCAAAGCGAUCUAAAGUCCAAAUUUGUUAGUGAAGAAAUGAAGAGGAUGAUUCAAGACGAUUCUGCUUGUUUACGUACCCCUGUGUCGCUCGAAAUGGAUGGCGAAUACUCUUGCUGUUUAAUAUUACCAAAGGCAGAACCUUGCAGUCGUUGUUCGACUUUAAUGCCCGCUGAUAAUUGUCAAAACAAGACGGUGCCAGCAGAAACACAAAAAGACGCAAACCCUAGAAGUGUGGGAAUUGAGUGUUACGAAGCCUCUAGGAUGACUUCGUAA